AUGGCCGUCACGCACGACGACCUCACCGUCCGGCAGCGGAGCGACGACGACGGCGCCGCCGCCGGUGCGAGGGGCCUCUCUCUCAUCGUCUUCUGCGUCCUCUGCGGGCUCCUCAGCUUCAUCCUAUCCCUCGCCGCUGAGGCCACCAGGUCCGAGGUAAGUCUCCUUCUCUGCUUGUAACCAGCUCCUCCCUCCUUCUCCCUCCCUCCAUCGAUAAUGACCUCGGAGCGACUGUUGCAGGCCGUCUGGUUGUCCCUCGCCGCCGCCGGCGCAGCCGGCGGGAAGGAGACCCGGUGCCUCUACACCGGCAGCGGAAAGACCCCCCUCGCCUGCGGGGUGGCGGCGUUCAUGGCUCUCGCAGUGGGCAUGUUCACCGCUCAGGUCUACAUUCUGAUCGCCGCCUCUCCUCGCAGUUCUCCGAUCCCCAGGCAGCUCACGCGGCAAGCCUGCUUCUUCUUCCUCGCGACCUGGUAUGCCCUCCUUCCCUCUCUGAACCCUCGAGAAACUUCUGAGAAUUCUCGCCUGAGAAGAAGAGGGCCUGCGGCCAUGGGAGACACAGGUUGAGCUUCGCCGUCGCGGAGGUGGCGCUGAUGGUCGGAGUCAGCGCCGAGUCGGCCCAUCUGGGCGAGUGGAGAAAGCCGCGGCGGAGCUGUCUCGUCGUCCGGCAGGGGCUGUUCGCCGCCGCCGGAGUCUUCGCGCUGAUGACCGUCUUCCUCGCCGCCGGCCUGUACCUGACGGUGCUGCAAGCGCAGAGGAUGGGUCCCCGCGACGAGGAAGAACACGAUACGCGACGGCGGGUCCCGCUGGCCACCGCCCCUCGCUUCCCGUCGCAGGGCGGCGGCGCCGGGAUUUUCCCCUCGGAUCCGCAGACUCACCGGCCCUCCGGCGAGCUCCCGGGGAGCAAGACUUCGCCUUCCUCGUGA